CAGUCGAAUUAAAGCACGCACACAAUUCACCGUCCUCAUCGGCUCAUCGCCGCCGCCACCGUUGCCAAUCUUUAUUUUACUACAAUCGUCAUAGCCGACACUUAUGCAGCAGAAUUGUGUUGUUCAUAGUUCCUUCUUGUCGAUUUGCGUAGUAGUUUCAGUUCGGCGAAGUUUGUGAAUGCAAGCCUAAAAUCUUCUGCAAGAGUUUUGGUCCUGACAAAGUGGAUGAUGAAUUCUGUAAGGAAACUGGUUUCAUGUGUGAUCCUCGACUUGGAUGGAACACUUGUAAAUACAGAUGGCAUCGUGUGUGAAGUUUUGAAAGCUUACUUGGUUAAGUAUGAGAAGAAAUGGGAUGGGAGAGAGGCUCAUAAGAUUAUUGGGAAAACACCUAUAGAAGCGGCAGCUGCUAUUGUGGAGGAUUAUGGACUUCCUCUGUCUAAAGAAGACUUACUAUCAGAAAUUUCCCCAAUGUUCUCUGAUCAAUGGUGCAAACUUAAAGCACUACCUGGUGCCUAUCGUUUGAUUACACAUUUGAGAGGCCAUGGAGUGCAAAUGGCAUUGGCUUCUAACUCUCCAAGAGCUAGCAUUGAAACAAAGAUAAGCUAUCAUCCUACUUGGAAAGAAUCCUUCUCAGCCAUUAUUGCUGGUGAUGAAGUAAAAUCUGGAAAGCCAUCUCCUGAAAUAUUCCUGGAAGCAGCUAAAAGGCUAAGCAUUGAUCCUUCCAAAUGUCUCGUCAUCGAAGAUUCACUACCAGGUAUUACCGCUGCUAAAGCUGCUGAAAUGGAAGUGGUUGCUGUACCAUCUCAACCAAAGCAGUCCCAUCUUUACACUGCAGCCGACGAGGUGAUCAAUUCACUUCUUGACCUACGACCGGAAAAUUGGGGUCUCCCUCCAUUUGAAGAUUGGAUAGAUAGUACUUUACCCUUAGAACCUUGGCAUAUUGGUGGCCCCGUUAUCAAAGGUUAUGGUCGUGGCUCGAAGGUGCUUGGAAUCCCAACAGCUAAUUUAUCGGUGGAAGGGUAUGCAACCGUUCUUGCGGAACAUCCUGCUGGUGUAUAUUUUGGUUGGGCUAAAUUAUCAAACCGGGGUGUUUACAAGAUGGUUAUGAGCCUAGGUUGGAACCCGUAUUUCAAUAACACCGAGAAGACCAUAGAGCCAUGGUUGCUUCAUGAUUUCAAUGGGGAUUUCUACGGCGAGGAAUUACAUCUUAUCAUCGUUGGCUAUAUCCGACCCGAGGCAAACUUCCCUUCGCUUGAGAGCCUUGUUGCAAAGAUACACGAAGAUGGUAAAAUAGCCGAGAAUGCACUUGAGCUUCCUUCGUACGCUAAGUAUAAAGACGAGAAAUAUUUCACAAGCAUUGCGAUUGGUGAAGAUGGUCAUUUGUGACGUUGAUUUAAUAGCGUUCGGAAACUGGCUGAACAAAAAACUAUCGAUAAAUAUACCUAUUUGAGAUUUGAUACUGGUUUUUUUUAUCAAUUUCAAAAAAUAAAGGUAAUUGAAACUAUUCUAAUGAGUUUAAAUGGAUUGCAAGUUUGUAUAGGUUUAUAUAUGUUUUCCAAGAAAAGAGUGAUGAGAUAUAUUAUGAUUCUUGUGA